GUGAAAACUACUGUGAAAACGCAACCAACUGCCACUCUGGAUGAAGCUCUGGGUAACAGGUGAUCCAAUUUAAAAGGAAUCAACAGCAGGAACCUGCUUAGUCCUGAGCCAAGAUUGUCAUUGGCAUGAUUAAGUGAAGAAACGACUGCACCAUGGCUCUGAAUGCAACUCGUCUGGAUAAUGUAACUCUGGGGAUGUUCACUGACAAUACAGCAAGCUACACCCUUUCUGCUGUCUACAUUAUUGUGUUCUGCAUCAACCUUCCAGGCAAUGGGUUCUCCCUGUGGCUGCUUUUGUUCCAUACUAAACCCAAGACGCCUUCCAUUAUUUUUAUGAUAAACCUCACCAUCACUGACCUGGCACUCUGCAUGUUCUUACCUUUACAGAUCGCCUAUCUUAUCAACAGCUAUGACUGGAUCUUUGGGGAGACGCUCUGCAGUUUGGUGUCUGUCAUGUUCUAUUCCAACAUGUACUGCUCCAUCUUGACCAUGACUGCCAUCAGUGUGGAGCGCUACUUUGGAGUGGUGCACCCAAUGCGUUUUGAUUGCAAGAGAACCCGAUACGCACUAGCGGCCUGCUUGGCAAUGUGGGGCAUUGUUUUGCUUAUAUUCUACCCAUUGGUGAGCACGGACUUGACAUAUCGGGUUAAGGAGCUCAACAUUACAACCUGUUUUGAUGUCCUCAAAAAAGACAUGCUCCCAUCGAUGGGGGCAUGGGCAGCGUUUCUGUUUACGCUGUUUGGCAUCCUGUUCCUGAUUCCGUUCCUUUUAACAAUGUUCUGCUACACUGGGAUCAUCCUGAAGCUACUCAAAACCAGCAGGUAUGGCAGUGCACAGAAGAAAAGAGCUGUCUAUCUGGCUGUCAUGGUGCUUUUUGUAUUUAUUUCCUGCUUUGUGCCAAAUAACCUCAUUCUUUUUGCCCAUAUGAUUGGCAAGCUUUUUUACAACAAGUCAUUCUACCCAGCUUAUAAACUGACUCUCUCCCUUAGCUGCUUGAACAGCUGCCUGGAUCCCUUCAUUUACUAUUUUGCUUCCAAAGAAUUUCGGAGAAAGUUUCGGCAUUUAUUGAGUAUUAAAGCAAACAACAGCGAUACCAACACAGUGGACUUUAGAAAAGAGAGUUUUUUUUCAGCUAGAUUGUUGUCACAAGGGCAGGCAGAGGAUGAAGUGGAUGUGAGGUCAUCAAUUUAUAAGAGGAAAGAAAGUUUUCUUUAGAAGGUUCUGAGUUACAUACCUUACCUUGAACUUCCAAACAGACGAACUCAGAAAUGUUGAGGAAGAACAAAACAUUGUGCACAAGAAGCUAAAUGAAAUCCUCGACUAGGCCAUAACGAAACCCUUUGAGGCCCUCAUAUUAACAUAGUCGACUGAGCAACCACCAUGCUUUCAGUGUUCAGCUGCUUUCAUAUGUUUUUAUUGCACCAUUUCAUGCAUCUACUGAAUUAAAGAACAAAGCAUUAUGAAAGUAUGUCUAGUUAUAUAAUUUAAUGUUUAAACACGUGUGCAAAUUUUAUUAAAACUGCACCUCUAGUAUGCUAAAAAUGUUUUGCCAGGGAACAUAAAAACUUUUUAAAAUUAUUAUACUUUGAAGCAGUUUUGAGGGU